UCACCGCCGCAGACCGCCGGGCUCUCUGCUCUUCAGAUCCACAUAUGGAUUUCCCCGACCAGUGACACCUGAGUGUUGGAUCUGAACGGGCGGGCUCUGCUGACUGAGAUGGCGUCCUCCCUGAAGGUCCUAGGCCCUCUCUUGGCCCUGCUGGUUCCCGUAGGCGGGCUGCUGGUCCCCAGCCAGAGCCCUUCCUGGAGGGAAUUCAUGACACAGCACUACCUGAGCCCGAGCUGGAAAUUCAGCGACUACAAAUGCGAUGCGCUCAUGCGGGAAAGAGAAGCUCCCCAAGACGGGAGCCAUCACAUCUUCAUCUAUAGCUUUUGGCACAGAAUCGAGCGUAUUUGCCUCAGGAAGUGGAGAGACCAUUCCAGAAAUGUAUACGUAUGGGCCCAGCAUCCCUUCAAAAUACUGCAGUGCUACCAGGAGGGUAACGGGAAGAGCUACCGAGGGCAGAGCAGUUACAGCUACGUUGAGUUCCACUGCGGCGGGGACGGGCACGUCGACGGCAUAGAGGACAUCCAGGUGUUAGACAUCAAGACAUAGAAAGUCUUCCCACACCCCCAGGCUCGAGUAGGGUGUCCAGUGCUGCCCACGUGGGAGCCCCUGCCUACGUCAACAGCCCUUGCUACUCUCUCCUUUGCAUUUAUGUGCCAGUGUUUUCCACCUACGUAAGAGUCAUGCCUCAUCACACGCUUUCCUCCUGUCAAAACCACCUGCACGGUUUCUCGGCGCAGAAUACCCGUGUGCCCUCAUUUAUCUGAUUUGCUCUUGCAGAUUUUUAAGAUUAAGCUCUAUGGCUUCUCUGUAGCUUCUCUGUUUUACUGAACCAGGGGUGUUCCUGAUAUGCAUUCUCCUUGUACCGACCUGAGCAGAAUGUUCCACGCUUCCCUAAAUAAAUGGUAUCAUUCCAAUGUGUAUGACAUUCAUGUAUGUUAUGUGUUGUGCGAUUGGUGGAGGUGUUCCAGGGUGCGUGAUGCAGCUAAUGCUUGGAUAUGAUGUGUGCAGAAUGUAAGGUUUAAGGUGCGUGUCAUUGGUCUCGUUCCUUCAACGUGUCUCCAAGGAAACGCACGCA